CUGCUGCUGUUCAACACUCUGAGAUGCACAGAAUUCCUGUUUGCUCGCAGAGUAACUAAACCUGCUUGAAAGUGUAAACAUACAUCUCCAGAGGGCGUCUGUGUGUUUGAGGCAGAGGUUUCUGUCACUCCUGUUCCCCUUCAGCUACGUUCUCCCUGUUUUCUGUCGUUCUCAGUCAUUUGGACAUCAGCGAGUGAAGAAGACAGCCAGCGUCCAUCAUGGCUGUCAACAUCCCCGGAGUGAUAGCCAUGGUGUUUUUCUACCUGCUGGUCCUCGGGACCGGCAUCUGGGCUUCUUUCAAGUCCAGAAGGAAACAGCAGAAAAGUGCAGCGUCUGGAAUGGAGAUGACCCUGCUGGGAAACCGCAGCAUUAACUUGGUGGUGGGGAUCUUCACAAUGACAGCUACCUGGGUCGGAGGAGGCUACAUCGUUGGAACAGCUGAGAUGAUAUACACGCCUUCCAUGGGACUGAUCUGGGUGGUCGUGAUGAUACUGGCGUUCAGCUCAUGUUUUAUUAUCACUGGUUUGGUGUUUGUGAAGCCGAUGAGAGAAAAAAACUGCCUGACGAUGUUGGACCCUUUUCAUGUCAAGUAUGGAAAAGAACUGACAGCUGGACUGAGCGUGGCUCCGAUUGUUAGUGAUUUGCUCAUGGUGACGGCAACACAGAUUGGUUUAGGAGGAACCAUGAGUGUGGUCCUGGAUAUGCCUUACACUGUGUGCAUUUGGAUCUCCGCUGCAGUCGCCAUUACCUACACACUGCUGGGAGGUCUCUACUCUGUGGCCUACACAGAUAUUAUACAGCUUGUGCUCAUAUUCGUCAGCCUGUGGGUGUGUGUUCCCUUCGUCCUGAUGAACCCACACUCCUUGGACAUUGGGCAGACAAUGAUGAACAACACCUUACACGCUCCCUGGAUUGGUGCACCGGGGUCGGAAAAGGCCUGGAUAAUGAUUGAUCAGUUCUUAUUCUUUGCACUGGGGAGUGUGGGAUACCAGUUUGUCCAUCAGAGGACCUUGUCGGCAUCUUCCACAGCCACAGCCAAGAUCUCCUGCUUUGUUGCUGCUUUCAUGUUGCUUGUAUUUGGGACACCUCCCAUACUGCUUGGGGCAACAGCUGCAUCCACAGACUGGAACCUGACCUCCUAUGGUUCUCCAUCUCCAUACGAACGUGGGCAAACGGCCUUAAUUCUGCCCAUCACCCUGCAGCACCUCACCCCGCCCUUCGUCUCCAUUAUCGGCAUUGGAUGUGUGGCUGCUGCCGUGAUGUCAUCUGCUGACUCUCUGAUGCUCUCUGCAGCUUCUGUCUUCUCCUCCAACAUAUACAAGAACAUCCUGAGGCCUCGGGCCUCAGACAGAGAGAUCCAGUGGGUGAUCCGUGCCUCUGUGCUGGUGGUAGGCUUGGUGGGCACAUCACUGACCAGCCUGCAAAACAGCAUGUUAGUUUUUCUGUUCAUUUCCAACGAAGUGGCCUACAUCGUAAUGUUCCCUCAACUCAUCUGCAUCAUCUUCUUCAACAUCUCCAAUGGUUAUGGAGCUAUCAUGGGCUUCCUGGUGGGAUUUACAUUGAGACUGCUCAGUGGAGAACAAACGUUAGGAUUAGAGCCAGUCAUACACUUCCCAGGAUGCACUCUUGAGGACGGUGUUUAUAUCCAGUACUCUCCAGUGAAAACCAUCUCCAUGCUGUCUGGCUUUGUCGCCAUCUUGUUGUUUUCCUACCUUGCGUCUGUGCUCUUCAACAAAGGCCUGCUUCCUGAGAAGUGGGAUGUGUUCAACGUGAAAGUGCAGAACUCGCCACAGCCACUGACACAGAAAGAUGACGACGCAAAAUAUAAUGAGAGGGAGAAAGUGGAUAUAAACAACUAUCAGAUGGAGGCGUCAGAGCCAAUGAUUAACACGAGCUGUUAGUGUUUCUGUGUAUAGUAGAAUCUGUUUCCUGAAACAUUAAAUACACUUAAUACAAGUGUACAGCUCAAAGUAUAUCACUCUGGAGAUUCCUGCAUUCAAAGGAUUUUUCUUUUACUGAUCAGCUCAUGAUAAUUUUUAUUUGCUCUUAGAAUGUUUUAUAUUUGCCCUCAACUUUGUUCCUCUCACCCAGUGUCAGCAGGGAUAGGCUCCCCAUGGAGUUCAAGACACCCAAGGAGGAUCCUUUGGAGGUUUGA